AUGCAGAAGCGCCGCGCGCCGGCAAUCAUGGCCGCCGUGGCAUCGGUGGCCGCCGUCGUCGCGUACUGCGUCAUGCCUCCGCGCGCAUUCCCGGACCGGCUGGCGUUCAUACCCGAAGAGAUGACCAUCAUCGACAACAAGUUCUACGACCUGCCGAAGUGGGCGGCACAAUGGCACACGCCCGAUGCCGCCCUCAACACGCUGGGCCACAUGAAUUCGGCGCGCGUGCCGUACUUCGACGACGCCUGGCGCCGCGAGCUCGGCGGCACGAACGGCAGCUUCCUCGACGUCGGCUGCGGCGGCGGCCUGCUGACGAACGCGCUCGCGGCGCGGGGCUACAAGUUGACCGCCGUGGACCCGUCGACGAACUCGCUCGUCGCCGCGCGGCAGCAGGCGGCCGAGGAGCUCCCGACGGCGCGGCGGCCGGAGUUCCUCGAGGGCACGUGCUACGCGCUCCCCGCGGCCGACGGCGCGCUGGACGGCGUCGUCAUGUCCGACGUGCUCGAGCACUUCCACGACCUGCGGGCGGCCGUCGGCGAGGUCUACCGCGUGCUCCGCCCUGGCGGCGUCUUCGUCUUCGACACGAUCAACCGCUCGUACUUCUCGUGGUUCGUGCUCAUCGUCCUCCUCGAGAAGAUCGCGGGCGGGAUCCCCGCGGGCACGCACGACUGGCGCCUCUUCAUCACGCCCGACGAGGUCGAGCAACUGCUCAACAGCACGGGCUUCGAGGUCGGGCCCCGGACGGACCUCGUCGGCAUGCGCCCGGAGGACCCGUCGGACACGUCCAAGGGCUUCGUCCAGGACCCGUCCGACGUCUCGGCGACGUACCUCUGGUGGGCGCGCAAGCCCCUGUAG